ACGACAACGCCCCUAAACUGUGACAACAUUCCGUGUGCGCUCAUCUUCGAACCAGUGUGUGGCUCAGACGGGGAGACCUAUAGCAACGCGUGCGUUCUUGGGGCAGAGAACUGCAAGAGAGGUCCUGAUGACAAAAUCUUUAUUGAGCAUUCGGGCUUUUGUUCUUCAUGCGCCUCUAAGACGAUGUCAACAGUUCGUAACAUAUUUUUUAUGUACUGUGUCCAUCUGACAGCAAGUGAUAUAUGA